AUGUCUACUACUGAGCAAACGAUUAAGAACAAGGUCGUCAACCGGGAAGAAUGGCUCGCCGCACGGAAGGCUCUCCUUGAAAAGGAAAAAGAGCUGACCCGGGCGAAUGACAGUCUCACUGCACAGAGAGCCGCGCUCCCCAUGGUCAAAGUCGACAAGAGUUACACAUUCAAGGAUGAAAACGGAUCAAACGUCACGCUAGCAGAUCUCUUCCAAGGGAAGCCGCAGCUAAUUGUGUACCAUUUCAUGUUUGGUCCUGAUGAAGACGCUGGUUGCCACGGAUGUUCUCACAUUGCAGAAGCUCUUCCCGACGUGCGCCACUUGCGUUUCAAAGAUACAAACUUGGUGUGCAUUUCUCGCGCACCAGUCGAGAAGUUGCGAGCCUUCAAAGAUGCCAAUGGUUGGGCGUGGUUGUGGUACUCGAGUCAAGAAUCUGACUUCAACUACGACUUUCACGCAACCAUCGACGAGUCUGUGUGUCCUGUUGAGAUGAAUUUCAGGACCAAGGAAGAAAUGGAGGCCAAAGGGAAACGUUGGUGGACAGGCGACGUUCCUGGAUUUAGUGUAUUCUACAGACAAGGUGAUGAAAUUUUCCACACGUAUUCAACUUGGGAGAGAGGCGGAGAUAAGAUUAUGCCCACGCUACAGCUGUUGGAUAUGACGCCACUAGGAAGAAGACUGUACAAAUACGGACCCGCAGAGUUUCGACUAAAGUAUGAGUAUGACGAGGAGGUCUGA